GCAGCCAAGGUGUUGGAGCAACUCACAGGCCAGACCCCUGUGUUUUCCAAAACUAGAUGCACUGUCAGAUCUUUUGUUUUCAGGAGAAAUGAAAAGAUUACUGUUGACUGCACAGUUCCAGGGGCCAAGGCAGAAGAAAUCCUGGAGAAAGGUCCAAAGACAGCGAUCUCCUGGACAGGAAAGAUGGACAAGCUGAUACCCAGCUUGAGCUCUCAAGAGAACAGAAAGGCGUCUCACACUCUCCACAAAGCUAGAAACAAACAACACUGUGGAGGAUUUUUACUGGUCAUACCUUGGGUCAUGUGCCCUCCCCUGAGCCAAUCUGCAGUCAGAAGGAUGAAGUACUCUAAUUGGCCAGUUUUGGGUCACGUGCCUGUUCCUGGCUGUCAUUGCACCAACACAUCAGGGAAUGGGGAGUUGAGGAGUGAGGAGCUUCCCCUACACAGAGAGACGAUGGGUAGCCCAUUUGUCCGCUAAAACCUUCAAGAUACAUCUAGAAUGCAUCCAUCCACAUCAUGCUAGGCUGAGCUACUAUCACCUGGUACUUGGAACCGCCUCCUCACUGGUCUACCGUCUCCCUUGCAAACAUUUUCUACAACAGCCAGUAAUCCCUAAACAUGAAUCCCAUCACAUCACUCUCUUCCUGUGCUCAGCUUCCCAUUCUCAAGGGAAGUCCUCCCAUCUUCUAAAGAAUAUCUACCUACCCAGCCCAAUUAUAUAUGAGCUUUUUAGGUUUUUUUUUUUAGAGCAAAGGAAUGACAGGUUUUGUCAAGCUGCAGGUGACUAUAAGAUACAGACAGCUGACAAUUGUGGACUCCUCAGGCGUGGUGAAAGAUUGAGCUACUAUCAUUAGGGUUGGCUGGCUAGGACCCCGGCAGGCACCUGGGGAUAAUAGUGCUGGGAAGUUCUGGGGAGUUGCACUUCUGAAUGCUGGCAUGACACUGCCUCAAGACAUCUCUCUAUCCAAAUGGAAAAAACAACCACAUCCUUUGUCAGCUAAGGAGAGUUAGCAAACUGUUUUUAUUAAAUACUGAUGUCUGGCCGGGCACGGUGGCUCACGCCUGUCAUGCUAGCACUUUGGGAGGCUGAGGCGGGUGGAUCACUUGAGGCCAGGAGUUCAAGACCAGCCUGGCCAACAUGGUGAAGCCCCAUCUCUCUGAAAAUACAAAAUUAGCCGGGCGUGGUGGCGGGCGCUUGUAAUCCCAGCUACCUGAGAGACUGAGGUAGGAGAAUCGCGUGAACCCAGGAGGCGGAAGUUGCAGUGAGCCGAGAUCGCGCCACUGCACUCCAGCCUGGGUGACGGAGUGGGACUCUGUCUCUAAAUAAAUAAAUAAAAAUACUGAUGUCUCCAAGCUUUGGCUAUGUGUUGCAAUGUACAACCUUUCCAAUGUCGCUGCACCAUUGCAUUUAGAGGAAAUCUCCAUUCCCUAACAAGAACUACAAGACCCCCUGCAUGACGUGGCCCCUGCUGCCUGUUCAGCUCCUUGGCUUGAAAUCCUUCCCCUUACCUUGCUGAUUUUGUUUUAGUCCCAAUGUCUCCUGCCCCCUCACCUCAGUUUCUUGAAUACGUCAAGACUUCUUUGUCUCUGAGAGGUAGCUCACGUUUUCUUCUCUCUGCCUGGAGGGUGGCUGCGUCUUUUUGGUUCUUUUUAGUUAAAAGUCUCACCAAAGAGGUAUUUUCCUGACCCCUUAUCUAAACUAGUGCCUGCUCAGUUAUAUUCUCAAUCAUAACACUUUAUUUCCUGUAUAGCACAUAUCAAAAUUUGUGAUCAUUUCAUUUGUUGAAUAUUUUACCUCGUGGCAAAAUCACACGCCAUCCUCCAAGGGGCGAGACCCCUCAAUGUGAAAGGGGCAAGAGACACAGAACAAGAGUGACAAACGCAUAGGAAAGCCCAGAGGCCGCUGCCUUGACCACAGUGGGUUGCUCUGAGCAGUUCAGUGGUUAGGUCUGUUAACCAAGAAAGAUAGAGCAAACCAUUCAUGCUCAUGCUGGACCUCUGGUUUCCUUCUUUUUAGUCAACUAGGUUCAACCCUGAUGGUCCAAGAAGGAUAUGCCAUUUUCAUCCUAAGAACCUCUCUAGGAACCCCAAGUGGGCUCCCCACUUGGUAUUUUUGCUAAGCAAUCACUGUGGGGGGGGGUACAAUUGCAGGCAGAAAGAAUCUGAGCCCCACCCCUCGGGACUCAGGAAUUUGAGGACCUUGGUCUUUAAGAUCUGCCUCAUCAGCUUUCAGAAAGGGCGGGGCGAUGGGAGCAGCUGUCACCUCCUUCUCUCCACCCUGCCGGCGUUCACGUGUGUUCCGCUGUGCAGUAACAGCUCUUCUUCCGGGACUUCCUGGUCGCCGCGACCAAUCAAAAUGCUUUUCCUGUCCUUACCAUUGUCAGCCGCUGCCAAUCGGCGCGCCUCUACCAACGCCCCUUAAAGGCGCAGCCACUGCCUCCGGAGCCGGGGCGAACCAAUUCCUCCGUUGCGGCCCCCACCUGCAGUAUGGAGUCGUCUCGGGGGCGGCCCGGGCCCGAGACGGACCUUCUGGCUGUAGCGGAACAUCAGGCCCUAGUCUUUGGCGGCGGGCCGGGCCGAACGUCCUCUGAGCCGCCCGCAGGCCUCCGGGUGUCCGGGGAGGAAGAGGCCGAGAACGUUGGGGGCGCGAACCGCCACCCCAGGACGUCCCCGAAGACGUCAAGCUGCGGCGUCGUCCACCGGCCGGAACGGGAGGCUCUGGAGAACGAGCCCGGCUCUCAAGGGACGCCGUCUGGGGCCGGGAGCCGCAGGGGGGCGCCGGGUGCAGAGCACGAACCUUCCCUGUCCUCCCGGCACAAGAACCCGGCGCCGCCCGAGGGCAAGCCCGCCUCCGGGAGGGACUGCCGUCGAGGGGGACCAGGCGGCGGGAUGGAUGUUGAGCAGCAGGAGGAGGAAGACAACGACGAGGAGGCGGCCGCGGGCAGCAGAGCCGGCCGCUCGUUCUCCAGCCGUCUUCAGGACAGCCGCAGCCUGGACGGGCUGAGCGAGGCGUGCGGUGGCGCCGGGUCCUCAGGGAGUGCCGAGUCCGGCGCGGGCGGCGGACGCCGCGCCACCAUCUCCAGUCCCCUGGAGCUCGAAGGCACAGUGAGCCGCCACGGCGACCUUACCCACUUUGUCGCCAACAACCUGCAACUCAAGAUCCGUCUGAGCGGCGCCCCUCCACCCCCGCCUUCUGCCCCUGCGCGGCCCUGCCCAGCGCCUGCACCCACACCCACACCGGCCAUUCCCCCCAUCGACCCCGAGGUGCUGCGGGAUCUGGAGCGGUUGAGUCGGGAGCUGGGAGGCCGGGUGGACCGUCUGCUUCGCGGUCUGGGUGGCGCGGUGCAGGAGCUGACGGCGCUGAGCGUGGGUUGCAUCCAGACCUACCGCGAUGCUGUGGACUCCUUAGGUGAAGCCGUGGACAUGAGCAUCAAGGGCAUGUACACCCUGCUGGCGCGCUGCGAGGAGCUGGAGCGGGCUCUGCAGCCGGUUCAGGGGCUGGCGCGCCAAGUCCGGGAUAUCCGACGUACUCUGGAAGUGUUGGAGGCCCUGUGCAAGUGACCAGGAGGAUAAGAGAGGCCGGGCCUGGCCAGGGCAGGGCCCAGCAGGACCCUAAGGACUCUUCAGGGAGUCCUGGUGGGAAGUGCCCACUGAGGGGAGGCCUGUGUGUUGGAGGCUCUUCCAGAUGCGUUCAGCUGGCCCGUGCCCACUCGCUGGGCCUUAGGCUGGUGUAUGUGGGGAAGUUCUAACGGCUCUCCUGGUGGGAAGGGAUGUUGCUCUGCUUGUAUUCAGUUGGCCAUCUGUAGCUACCCUGUUCUUCCCAACUCUCCUCCCUAGCUAGAGCACCAGCCCUGGGAACACAGGGCUUUAGGUCUGCUUGAAGGUGAGGACGUGACUCCCACAUGUAAUCAGGAGAAAGGGACAGAGGAAGCCCCAGCCCCCACUGUGGCUAUCCUGACUCCAGUGGCCACAUCUCAGGUGCCAGGGGCUGUGGGAGCUUGUGCCGUCCUUGGCCAAACACCCCGCAGGCAAAGAUGCACCCCUGCUGAUGGAGAGCCUUCUGCUUCUGCCCUCUGGCCCUCUACCAUACCACUUCCCCAGCCAGAACCGGCGUGCAGCUAGGAGGAAUGGGUUGCACGGCGGAGGGGGUGAGGUGGGAGGCGUCUCACUGCUCUCAGGGUUCAGGUAGAAUGUUGCUGGUUUUGAAGCUCACCUGUUGUGGAGUGUUCUAAUCAGUUUUGGCUUUCUGAGUUUUUGUGGAAUUAAAGUGCUGCUGCUGCGAA